AUGGCCGCGCUCAUCAACUUCGAGGACGAGGAGGAGGUGAGGAGUUACUUAGAGAAUUUACACGUCGAAUACAGCUACCAGUGCUUCAAGGAGAAGGACCCGGACGGCUGUCACCGCCUGGCCGACUACCUGGACGCCGUGCGGAAGGACUUCGUGGGGGCGGCGCGGGUGCUGCGCGACAACUGCGAGGCGCACGGCCACAGCGAGAGCUGCUACAAGCUGGGGGCCUACCAGGCCAUCGGCAAAGGUGGACUCGACCUAGAUUUGAAAGCUGCCUACAACUCUUUUAUGAAGUCAUGUGAGAAAGGUGGGAAGAAGUCAAUAAAUGCGUGCCACAACGUUGGGCUGUUGGCCCAUGAUGGGAGAGUAAACGGUGAUAAACCAGACCCUGUUGUUGCAAGAGACUAUUACACAAAAGCCUGUGAUGGCAAUUUUGCUCCUAGCUGCUUCAACCUCAGUGUAAUAUACCUCCAAGGAGCACCUGGGGUUCCUAAGGACAUGAACCAUGCUCUGAAGUACUCGCUGAAAGGGUGUGAGCUGGGCCACAUCUGGGCCUGUGCCAAUGCCAGUCGAAUGUACAAACUGGGAGAUGGCAUUGAGCAGAAUGAUGCUAAGGCAGAGGAUCUGAAAAACAGGGCAAAACAGCUGCAUAAAGAGCAGAAAGAAGCCCCAAGCUCUUUAAAAUUUGGAGAGUAAAACUGUCAGUUGCAGCUACUGAGUUUUCAAUGGCAAGUGAAGCUGUCAUUUAGAUAAUGAGCAUACAUUUUGCAGUCACAAUAAAAAAAAAUAGUCUCUGAGUAUUUGCCUAUGCAAAUAAACA